AUGAAGCCUUCCAUGAUCUUUGUACCCCUCCUCGCCGGACUCGGCAUGGCAGGUGUCGUCAAGCAGAGAGAGGAAUCCGUUGCAGAUGUGGCCGAUGUCGCGAACGUCGCCAACGGGGCCAAGGUCGCGGACAGCAUCAACAACGCCAACGUUUCCGACAGUAUUGAUGUUGCCAAUGGCGAGGAAGUCGCCGAUGGUGCCGAAAUAUGCUGCAACACGACUCCCUGUUUUAUUGGGUGUUACGUCAAUGGUGAAUGGGCGUGUGCUAAUAAGACUUGGGGAAACACCAGUUCUGUUGCUAGAUAUCGAGUAUCCUAA